AUGUGGCCUAAUGAUUUUCAAAUCCCAAGGUUUGCUGAUCUAUUAGGUCUAAAUGUUUUUGAAAAUCCAGGACAAAAAUUAUUUGGUGCAAUGAGCUCCAUAUCUCGGCACGAUGAUUACAGAUGCGUGCCUAGAAUUUUAUGCGAAAUUACAAGUGGUUCAACUCCUGGAGAAUCUUCAUAUCGUAGUGCUCGUCCAACAACUGGUCAAAUUCUUUUAUUCAAUUUACUGUCGGCUUUCGAUCGAAGCGGAGCAUCUCCUUUAACCCUGUUUGGAAAAGCAGCUUUACUUGGAUACGUAUAUAGAGGUGACCCUAGAGUGUGUUACCAAGAAUAUCCGAGAUGUCCAAGAGACCAACAAGAACUUAUAGCUUAUUUGAACAAUUAUAAAGGUGGAUUUUUCCGAUUUUUCACAAUGAAUAAUGAUUAUCUCCUACACUCUGAAACACCUCAACAAGAGCUUGGUUUAUGGACUUCAAUGCGUCCCGAGUAUUUUCCACAAAAACCUUCAAAUAAUAACAAUAAAUUACCUAAUUUCUACGAAUUUUCAAGCGGAACUGCAUUUUAUAAUCCUCAUCAAACGUUUUAUCAAAAUCCUUUUGUUUAUAAUCAUGUUGAAUCUGACAUAAAGUGGCCAUCAUAUACGUACGGAUCAAGAAUUGGCACGGGCAAAUUAUCAUUCUCAAAUGAAGAGUAUUUUAGCCAAUCUAAUUCUAAUGAUGGUGUAAAAAUAUUCCCUUCCGAAUUCGACAAUGAGAAUACAAGAUAG